CACAUUAGUUUAAGCAUUGGAAGUUUCUCUGAAAAUCCAGCACUAUUUCAAAAUGAUUUAAACUUGCUCUGCAAUUUUUGAGUUUAGAGGGAAUAAUGACGAAAUUUCAAGUUAUCCUCCAUUUACAAAGAGUUUGAAGGGAUGGAUAGGAUCAAUCUUGGUUUGCUUCUCUUCAUUUCCAGCUGUACUUCAGUUAGGAAUGAUAUCCGAAGUGUAGAAAAGGAUCGUCAACCUCAAACUAUCUUUGAUCAUUACGAUCUUGAACACCAACUCUCUCUGAUCAAGGCCGCUAUGGCUACAAGGAUAGACGAGGAUCGGUCUCCUGAAAGUGUGACGGUAGUGAGGGGUGAUACAGCCAUGCUAGUCUGUACUGUCAUCAACAUUGGCGAUAAAUCGGUAUCUUGGCUCCGGCUCCGGGAGCCAAUACCUCAACUGAUGUCUCUGAACAACGUGACCAACACUCUCAAUACCAGGUUCAAGGCUAUCGUCUCUGAUUGGAGGGAGUUUGUUUUAAUGGUACGAAAUACAGUUCCAGAAGAUGAAGGAAGAUAUCAAUGUCAGGUUUCCGGCCCACAACAUACUUCUCUAUCAAAAGUGGUCACACUCACAGUUAUAGAUUCAAUGGCUGAGAUUCUGCAAGGGUCGGAUCUAUACCUGGAUCAGGGUUCAGUUUUAGAACUAGUUUGCAGAGUAACAUCGGGACAACUCACUCCAGCUUUUAUACUCUGGAAGAAAGAAAACAAGAUAUUAAAAUUUGACGGAGGGGAGACUAGCCAAGUAAGAGUACUGGAGAAGGAUGAAAAAGGAAGACACUUUUCAUCUCUUAACAUUCAAAAUAUUUCACAGGAAGACAGUGGCUCCUAUGUCUGCCAACCUGCAGUUGGCGUACAAGCACAGAUUACGGUACAUGUACUAGAUAGGAAACCAGAAUUAGUACAAGCUGUACUAGGAGAAGGAGGCUUGGAUGAGGUUCCUGCUUUAACUGUUUCAUCCAAAAGUUCUGAAGUCGUCUACACUUCAUUUCUACUUCUAGUUUAUCCUUUACUUCUAGUUUAUCCUUCUCUUUACUUCUAGUUUAUCCUUCUCUUUACUUCUAGUUUAUCCUUUACUUCUAGUCUAUCCUUCUCUUUACUUCUAGUUUAUCCUUUACUUCUAGUCUAUCCUUCUCUUUACUUUUAGUUUAUCCUUUACUUCUAGUUUAUCCUUUACUUCUAGUUUAUUCUUUACAUUACUUCUAGUUUAUUCUUUACAUUACUUCUUCACCC